AUGAAGGUGUAUCAGAAAGUCAUGCUGGGCUCAGCUGGUGCUGUAGGUACUGGAGCUGUGGCACUCCAGACAAUGUUCCCCUGGCUCAAGUAUGAUCUUCAACUGAUCAGAGCCGGGAAGAAGAUGAUCAAGUUUAGGGAUGACAUGCUGAAAUCCCUACUAAUUGAUAAAUUUGAGAAGAUGGUGCAAGAGUCUCCCAGGAAAACGUUUAUUAUUUUUGAUGACAACCAUUACACAUACGAGUAUGUGGAUCAGAUGGCCUGCAGGGUGGCCAACAUUGCCAAGUCUUGGGGUCUGGGACCUCGUGACUGUGUUGCUAUGAUGAUUCAGAACGAGCCUGCUUUCAUAUGGACAUUUUUGGGUUUGCAAAAGUUGGGUGUGGCGGUUGCUUUCAUCAAUCACAACUUGAGGGCGCAUUCCCUGGUUCACUCAGUGCUGGCUGCGGACCCAGGCUACCUAAUUGUUGGUGCAGGAGAUGCUCUGCUGGAGGCUGUGAUAGAAAUCAUCAAUGAUUUAAGCCCAGUCAAGGUCUACAUUCAAGGCUUGGGAUGCUGGCCUCCUCCAGCUGGUGUUUACUCAUUAGACCCAUUGAUGGUGACAACUCUACCAGUAGCCAUUUCUCCCACAGUCAGGCAGGACUUGACUGUAGAAGACACCUGCUGCUACAUUUACACCUCUGGUACCACAGGUAAUCCCAAGCCAUCAAUCAUUAGCCACCACAAGGCUAUCUCAUUAGGCUGUUGCAUGGUUUCAGUGGGCCUGUCCAGCUCAGACACAAUCUAUUUAGUGCUGCCUUUGUAUCACAGCUCCGGUGGAGGUAUUGGCUUCUUUGGUGCUCUCGACACAGGAGCCAGGAUUAUACUGAGACAGAAGUUCUCUGCAAGCCACUUUUGGUCAGACUGCAGACAGCAUGGUGCCACAGUGAUACAGUACAUUGGGGAGCUGUUUCGAUACCUCAUUUCACAACCACCGAACAAGCUGGAUGCUGUACAUAAGGUUCGCGUGGCAUUUGGGAAUGGUCUGAGACGAGAUAUCUGGCUGGAGGUCAGCAGGCGCUUUCAGAUCCCUCAAAUUGCAGAGUUUUUUGGAUCCACUGAGGGCACAGCCUUGACCCUCAACCUGGCCAACAGACCAGGAGCUAUCGGGCGGAUGUCUCCUUUGUUGAAUAAACUGGAAGCAGAGCCAAAAGUGUUGGUGAAGUUUGACUAUGCAACCGCUCAGCCAAUCAGAAGCAAAAAUGGGCGAUGUAUCAGAGUUGCUGUAGGUGAGCCUGGUCUCUUCCUGUCUAAAGUACCAGAUUAUGUCAUCAGUAACGGUACAUUUGCCAUGUACCGCAGUUCUCCGGAGGCCAUUGAGCAGAAACUAGUGAGGGAUGCAUUCACUCCUGGAGACUUGUAUUUCAAUUAUGGGGAUGUGUUCUUUUGUGGAAAAGGGGAAAAUGUAUCUACAACAGAACUUGCUAACAUUAUCAGUGCCUUGAGCUUUGUUCAUGAUGCUAAUGUGUAUGGAGUGACCAUUCCAGGCAGUGAGGGUCGGGCAGGAAUGGUGGCCUUGACACUCCAUGAAGGCUGUAACCUUGGCCCACAGGAACUGAAGGAGUUGUACGAUCAUGUCUGCGACCAGCUUCCUGUGUACGCCCGACCUCUGUUUGUGCGUCUGCUAGAUGCCGCAGUGGUGACUGCCACCUUCAAGCAGCAGAAAGUGCAACUGAUGAAUGAAGGAUAUGACCUGAACAAGGUCAAGGACCCUCUGUACUUCCUGGACACAGACAGAGCCACCUACAGUCGUUUGACAGAGAAACACCUGGUCAGAUUUUUGUCAUCAAAGCUGUGA